UCAAGUUUUCUGAAUUUAUAGUAGAAGCAUGAAAAACAGACAAUUUAUCUGUUCACUUUCAUUAACAGACAUCGGUCGAGAUAAACGGUCUUUAGAUUGGAACAAGCGGAUGCGUGUUGCUCUUGGAGCUGCAAGGGGGCUUCUAUAUCUGCACGAACAAUGCAGUCCUCGAAUAAUUCAUAGGGAUGUCAAGGCUGCUAAUAUUCUACUAGACGAGAGCUUUGAGGCGGUUGUUGGGGACUUCGGGCUUGCUAAGCUCUUAGACUGCAGAGAGUCUCAUGUCACGACUGCUGUCCGAGGCACCAUAGGACAUAUUGCACCUGAGUACCUAUCUACUGGACAGUCUACUGAAAAAACCGACGUGUUUGGGUUUGGGAUACUACUCUUGGAACUCAUUACGGGGCUAAAGGCGCUAAACGCGGGUAAUGCUCAGCUUCAGAAAGGCACAAUCCUUGAUUGGGUGAGAAGCUUAUACGACGAGAAGAGGCUGGAAGUGAUUGUUGACAAGGAUCUAAAGGGAUGCUUUAACACGGAGGAGCUAGAGAAAACUGUGGAUGUUGCCCUCGAGUGUACACAACCGAACCCGAACCAGCGUCCUAAGAUGUCUCAAGUGUCGCGAAUCCUUGAAGGCAUCGCGGGGCAGAUGGCUCCCCCCGUUGUGGAUGAUUCACAGGGCGGAGGGAGCAACGCUGCUGCCUCUGAAACAAGAGCUUUUAGUUUUUCGCGAAAUUUCAGUAGUGUUGAGGAAUCAUCAUUCAUCAUUGAGGCAAUAGAGCUUUCAGGGCCUAGAUAACACACACACACUCUCUCUUUUCUGGUGCUUAGCCUAUGCAAUAAGGCAUGCAUUUGUUGAUGAACACUAACUUUGGUCUUUGGGUAGGCUUUUGCUUGUAAGCUUCUCUGCACAUCAACAUAGUCUGCACAUAGAAUAUGUGGUUAGUACUGUUAAUUUUA